AAACAUCAACAGAGAGAAGAAGACAAAGCAGCGUGUCUGUAGAAGACGAAGAAGAACGCGAGCACCAGAUUCCGUUUUGUUUCUGUUUGUUGUGUGGUUAUUUCUAGACUUGUUGUUUUAUUAUUGAUGGAAUUGCUGAAAGUUGUUUACGGGUGAUGGAACCUGCUCAGCUUCAGGAAACAUGUGGUGAUCACAAUGAGGCUGAUGGAACCUCAUGGGUGUCAGUCUGUCCCAGAGGCCCCUGCAGGGUCCAGACAAAACAAAUACACAAACAGACUGUUUCCGACCCUGGAAAUGCUGCAUCAUGUUCGUCCGAUUACUGUCCAAAGCUGGGAUCACUGUGUCAAGUCCGAGUGCUGCUCAAAGCUGAUGCGGGAGAAUCAGAGGGCUCAGUGUCAGAAAAAAAAGACGAGGAGAUGUCAGUCUCUGAUGUUACAGAAUUAGUAGCAGCACCUUUUCUCAGGUGCCCAGACAUGGUGCUACAGGUUCCAGCGGGUGACUGGACAACGCUGAGGCUUGGAGAGGGUCAGUGUGAUAUCACAGAGGCUUGUUUGGAGAGGAUGAGACCCGGUGAGAAAUGUGAGAUACAAGUCACUCCACUAGGAAAUGCACAAGAAGUCUCCAGCACACUGCCUUCAGAAGGAAUCCUUCCUUUAUGUGCCACUGUUGAACUCAGAGCCUUCACACAGGGAAAAGAAUCCUGGGAGAUGUCGACCAGUGAAAAGUGGGAGUGGGUGAAGUCACACAAGGAGAGAGGAGGAGUGAGGUUCCGGAGUGGGGAUGUUUGGGGAGCAGCCGACAGCUACAGCCGGGCCCUCAAACUUCUCAUCCCCCUGUGCAGCCUCUUUAGACAGGUAGAGAAACAAGGAGAGGAGCCCGAUAUGGAGGGGCAGAUAGACACAGACGCAGCAGAUGAAAAGCUACACAUCCCAUCUGUUGGGGAGCUGAGAAUCAUCAAAGCAGAGCUUCACUCAAACAUGUCUCUGUGCCAGCUGAAACUGAACCAACCACAGCGGGCUAAGACCAGUGCCGCUAAAGCCACUCAGCUGGACCCUGGUGCUGCUAAAGCCUGGUACCGACUGGGCCUGGCCUGCCAGUCGCUGAAUGAGCUGGAUGAGGCCAAAGGGGCAUUUAGGAAGCUGCUGGAGAUGCAACCGGACCUACCUGCUGCUGUCAAGGCACUAAAAGAUGUCAUUAGUAAAGAGAAACAGAGAAAUGCACAGUUAGGACUGAGACUUAGCAAAAUGUUCAACUGAAAAUAGAUUAUAAACAGCAGCUAAUGAAUGUUUUACUUUCAACUGUUAAAUCUCUACAUUCACAACAUUGCCUCAGUCUUACAGAGAGCUCUUAAACUAGAUGUUUUCUUCUCCUUUUUCUGUACUGCCUGGACAGUGCUGUUUUUUGCUAUAGAGGCAAACCAAGCGAGUGCCCAUGGCCCCCUGGUCACCAGGCACAUUCAGCCUCAUCUGAGGAGGAUUAAGAUGUCCUGUCUUUAUCUGCAGAUAUCUCACCUAUUUAUUACGUCCCUUAUGUACUUGAAAAAAUAAACAUAGGAAGUAAAUAAAAUUUACUGCA